UCGCCUUUCCCAUGGACCAUACACACAGGACCGUCUCCAAGCAAUUGCUCAGGCCCUACGGACGCAGACGCUUCGCUUUCCUACCUGUUGUUUGAUCCUUCUUCAAGUCCAGACAUGAACGUAAUAGCUACAGUGCUGUAUGAGCCACUCGUCGCUGCCGUCGCUCAAGAAUGUCGACUUACACUAAGCUUGUAUAUGUCCGGAGAUCAUGUUGGCAACGUGACUGUUGAAUUUAGAGACAUCAUCAAAGAUUUAUAUACAGAAACUGUUGUGAAUACGACGAGUGGAAAUCAAGGAGCGAAAUGGGUGCAAUUGACAUACAAGUUGUAUCCUCGCUACGUCAGAUUCCAUCCACUCAUCACAAUAACGCACAGCGGAAAUGGACCGUGCGGAGUAAUCGCUAUUGCAAGUGCAACACUUUAUGAUUGUCCAGAAGCUCCAGCCACCACUCCAACAGCAAUCUUUCCAGCGGGAAUCUGCGACUUUGAAGUGGAUAACUGCGAUUGGUAUGACUCAGACACAGUUGUCGCUGAUUGGACGAGAAAUUAUGGCCCAACGGAAACUGCUGGCACGGGGCCGCCUACUGACUAUACAAACGUUGUUCCAGGCUCGUAUUACAGCUAUGUUGAAGGUUCAUAUCAUGGUCUAUUAUUUGUGAUGCGUCCAACUAGUCUUUCUAGUCCUAAAUUCACUAACUCGAGCUUCAUGUGCUCAUUCUCACUUGCUUACUACAUCGAUGGCCCACGUAAGCAUCUCGGAAAUGUGACAGUUACGGUCAACAAUACGAUAACUGGAGCUGGAACUGUGUUGCUCAAGACGAUAAGAAAUCAAGGAAAUUAUUGGAAUCGAGCUUAUCUGCCAUUGGGGAGUCGCAUUAAUUUUCAAGUGCACGUCACGUAUUUGCAGGAGUUUUUCCAAGGAGACGCUGCAAUAGAUGCGCUCACGUUUGCUGAUUGUAAUCCAGAUGCUAUUGUGGCGGAUUGGGAGUGCGACUUUUCUACCGAUUUAUGCGAGCUGGAGACGGCGGUAUCAGACUCUAUUCAAUUAACAUGGACUCGCGUUCCAGCCAACGCAUCAACAUCUUUCAACUGCUCGUUGCCUCCGACAGACAACGCCGUCAAUGCAAACGGUCACUAUUUGGCCGUUACCUCUCAAGGAGAUGCUGCUACUUUGUCGGUCGCAAGUGCGGUGAGGGCGGGCUGCUCCAGGAACUGCUUUUUUAGUUUCUCCUACUUUGUGAACUCGAGUCAACGUGCAGUAGUUACUGCGAUCAGUCAGACAUCCGAUAGAAAUUACGCAUUAUGGAAUGACCCAUUAAAUACGACCAGACAGUGGACAACAGUCUAUGUUCGAGUCGGUCCAAUUUACGAACGAUUCACAAUCAACAUAUCAAUCGAGCUGAUGGAAAAUGAUAUUGGCUGCGGGUUCUUUGCAGUAGAUGACGUGAAAUUCUAUAACUCAGCUGAAGAAUCACUUCUUCCACGAGACGAGGCUGCUGCUCCCGCUGGUGCCUGCGAUUUCGAAGACAAUAAGUUGUGCUUGUGGUACAACGUUCAAGAUGACGACGAUCACGAUUGGGUUAUUGGAAACGGUUUUGCACCUUCGACAAAGACCGGACCAAUCAAAGACACAACGCUCGACUCCGAGAACGGUCGAUAUGUUUACAGUCAAGCUAUCAAUAGUUCACUGCAAAGUGUGUCUAUUUUGCGCACUGCUCAGCACAACACGUCCGCGUUCAGUUGCUCUAUGUCGUUUAACUAUCAUCUGCACGGCUCAGGAGUGGGAGAAAUAUCUGCGUACGUGGAAACAGGAACGACACGCUUGGCUUACUGGAAUGAGACGAGAGAUAAGACUAUCUCUUGGCAAAAGAAUCAAAUCUACAUUGGAUUAGUUCCUAGAAACCUGUUUUAUGUUGUCUUUAUGGCAAAUCAUAAUCCACCAACGGAUGGUAUCAUCGCAUUGGACGACAUUACGUUUAGAGCAUGUGACCCUGAUGACAAUCUGUGUGAUUGGGAAGAUGGUUGGUGUCCUUGGUGGCGAGUUGCUACAGAUUCGGACGGUGCUACAUGGGAGAGGCUGUUAGCAUCUGAUGUACGAGCUGAUCUGGUAGACGCCACACUGUCGAUGGCUACCGGUUCAGUGACUAGUUUUAAAAGUACCGAAAACAACUCAGUCGCUAUCAUAGAAAGCGUCAAAAUUUCUCCAACAUCAACAAAGUGUCGUCUCACGUUGUCGUAUUUCAUGUCAACAAAUGUCAACAACAGUUUGCAAAUAACGGUGAGUCAGAAGACAACGGAAGAUGGCCGGAUCCGUUAUCCAGUAAUUUGGAUUAAAAAUGUAACAGAAAUUUGGCAAAGCAGAGAGAUUCCUAUGAAGCAAGUUGGUCACGAUUUUUCUGUUCGAAUCAGCGUCAGUGCUCAGGGAGAGUUUACGGGAGUGAUUGCUUUAGAUGAUUUAAGACUUGUCGACUGUAAACCUCUUCUCGACUGUUCUGCAAACAGCACCUUUGAUUCAAGACAAACAGACAGAAUUGUUGCGGAAUGUUGGCCUUUGUACAAUGAAACUCGACACGACUCGGUGUUGUCUACUACAAUCCUUCUGCAUACUCUCACCUCUUCACCUAGCCCAUCAAUUAGUCAAUCGAUCAGUAUAUCACGCAGUCAAUCACCGAGUUUAUCUCCCAGUCAAUCACCAAGUCAAUCACCCAGUCAAUCACCGACUCUAUCUCCCAGUCAAUCACCAAGUAUAGCCCCCAGUCAAUCACCAAGUCAAUCACUCAGUCAAUCACCGAGUCUAUCUCCCAGUCAAUCACCAAGUAUAGCCCCCAGUCAAUCAUCAAGUCAAUCACCCAGUCAAUCACCGAGUCUAUCUCCCAGUCAGUCACCAAGUGUAGCCACCAGUCAAUCACCAAGUCUAUCCCCCAGUCAAUCACCGAGUCAAUCCCCCAGUCAAUCACCAAGUUUAUCCUCCAGUCAAUCACCAAGUCAAUCGCCCAGUCAAUCACCAAGUUUAUCCUCCAGUCAAUCACCAAGUCAAUCGCCCAGUCAAUCACCAAGUUUAUUCCCCAGUCGAUCACCAAGUCAAACCUUCCGUCAAUCACUAAGUCAAUCGCCCAGUCGUGAUUUUCUUUCUACAUCGACUCUUGCCGCUUUGUCUAAUUCACUGAAUGUGACACGUAGUCAUGUUGACAAUCUUACAUUCACUCAGUCACUCUAUUCUACACUCAACUUUGAGUCCAGCACUUUUUUGAUCACGUCACAUCGGACCUCUACUGCUAGCAGUUUUAGGCCGCAAAUGACGAGCAUCAUGGAAGGUCAUGUUUAUACCUUCUAUUCAGUAACAACAUCCUAUUCAACAGUAACAGCAACAAAAACAGUAAUGCCAUCACCAUCCGUAGUAACAUCCGGGCCAACCAGCAAUGUUUGCAACUGUGGUGCAAUGUUGAAGAAAAGAGAUGCUAUCAUUAAUGCAAACAAUGGACUGUCCGGAGUAGUUUUUGUUUUACUGGUUGUGGCGAUUUUUCUACUUUAUUUUGACGGGAAGCCGCUGCCUUGGCAGGAAUCUAAAAAGGAAAAGAUAAAUGAUGGUGGUGAUGAUAGAAAGAAAGGUGACAUCUCGUCGAAAGCGUCCGAGAGUGAUCUCUAUUAUGAUCGUUUGGAAAUGGGCCGAUGUUAUCCAAUCGAAGCUAGCGACACGAAAGCACCCAGACUGUCUGAAAAAAUUGCAUCUCGUCUUGCUGCAGAUGUGAAGACCAAGAACGAAACGAGACGCGGCAGCCUGCCAUAUCACUCCGACACAAUCGAUGUAACAAGCCGCUAUGUGUCGCAUUGGGAGGUUCCAGUUGAAGAAGCGUCGCACUCGUUGAACGUUUCUGAUUACGAACUAUAUUACGAGCGUCUGGAGAUGGGAAGGUGGUAUCCAUUCGACUCUCAACGAUAUGAACAAGCUACAACAACCGUGACCCGUAAAUCUGUAUCUCAUUCCGUGUCUAGAGUUUUACAACCGGUUACAGGUCUUCUUCCUGAUUUGGAGACACUAUUGAUGGCUCUGGAAACGGACAAACAAAGUUCUGGGAAAGAAGAGAAACGUCAACUCUAUAAAGGUAAACCCCGUGAAGGUAAACCCCGUGUAGGCGAACCCCGUGAAGAUGAACUCCCUAAAGAUCAACCCCGUCAAGGUCGACACCGUGAAGGUCGACACCGUGAAGGGGCAAAAAUGGGCACAAAAAUGUCGGGAGCUCUUGAGCGUGAACAAUAUUUAUCAGAGAGACAACCUCUAGUGAUGGGACUGCCUCCGUUAGAUGUCUCUUCUCUGCAAGUGUCAGACGAAUCUUACACUUCGGCCGUUGCCAUGCGUGCGAGAAAAGCAGCGAGACGUAAACGAAUCAACCGCAAAGCAGCUGGCCGGUCAUCCCGUCCGACUGAUGUCAAGGCAGACAAGAAUCUCCAUGAUGAACAAAAACAACGUCCAUCUGCCGUCGCUCACCAAAAAGUUAAUGAGCGGUUGAUAUCAACGAGUCAUUUAGCUGCAGAAGAUGAAAUGGAAGUGUCAAGCAAAGAAUGAAUGUAGAGAUUAUAGGAAGAUAUACAGCAAAGUUACAACUUAUCAGUUGAAGGCCGCCUGCAGUGACAUCUUUACCAAGCAGCGUACGGUAGAAACACCACAAUAACUCGUAUUGCUGUAAACGUUGCUGAUGUAGAUAAUGUACUAAAUAUGUACUGAAACGAUGACAAACUAG